AUGAUGUGCGAUACGACGACGGAGACAUCGACGUUGAAAGGCGAUGGCGCGACCACAUCCAUCCCGUUCACGUCCAUGGUCACAACCACGGCGGAUGUGACGACUACGCUGUACGAUGGAGAGUGCUCGACCGACGAUGGCGAUAGCAAGACCACGGAUGGGGACUCGUCCAAGCCCACUACGACUGACCAGUCGACGACCAAGGAGCAGAGCACGAUCGUCACCACCGAGCGCAUCACCACCACCUCCUACUCGACCCCACCCCCCACCACUAUGACCACCCAGUCCUCAUCCACACAAGAAGAUGGCGCGGUGACCGUCAUCGAGGUCACUGUCACGUCCACGGGCUCCGCCAGUCCGGUCGUCUUUGAGACCGAGGCGGCGCAGACGCGCGCGGUGGACGCGGCAGGCGGCACGAAGGCACCUGCGAACCUCGGUGCGAUCAUCGGCGGUACAGUGGGCGGUGUCGCGUUCGUCGCCAUCGUCGCCUUCCUCGCUUGGUGGUGGAUAAAACGCCGCACGCGCUACGAGGACCUCUUCUACGAGAAGACCGAGCAGGAGAUCAUCUCCAAGGGCGCCGCGAAGGCCGUCUCCGAGUACGAGCGCUCCCUCAACAGCAGCGUCGAGCCGAAGGCGUAUCAGUACGGGCUGGUGGGGCAGACGAGCGCACCCGGCGGCUACCCGCCCAUGGCCGCGGACCCCUUCGCCCGCCCGGCGACGCCGAGCAGCGCGCACGGGCACCACAGGCCGAUGUCGAUGUCCGGGCAGCAGCUCGCACCCGGACCGUACGGCUCGCGCCCGGGCACGCCGCGCUCGCCUGGCUACAAUAUGCCACCGCCUGGCAACAUGUCCCCCUCUGGCCAUAUGUCCCCUGCAGGCAACAUGCCCCCUCGAGGCCACUCGCCCUCUGGCAGCUUUUCGAUGCCGCCGCCGAUGAUGAUGCAGCCGCCGCCCAGCCCUGGUCUCGUACCCGCCGGCUACGGCUCGCACCCGAGCACGCCGCGCUCCGCGAACUUCAACAUGUCCGCCUCCGGCCACUCGCCCACCCCGAGUCUGUCGCAGCCCCCGAUGAACGCGCCGCCGAGCCCGUGGAGCGCGUCGCAUCCGCCGCCGCAAGGCUACUUCCCGCCUCAGCAGCAGCAUCAAGCGCAGGGCGGCUACGCGCCUCAGCAGCAGGGCAACUACGCACCGCAGGCGCAGGCCAACUACCCGGCCCAGCCUCAGGGCAACCUCGCACCUCAGGUGCAGGCGUUCACGCCCGGGCACCGCGCGAGCGAGAGCAGCUCGAUCCAUCUGCCCGACGAGCACCUGCCCCCGCUGCACGUCGCCAAUGGCGGGAGUGAGUCGCAGCCGCGGGCGUAA